AUGAGGCGAGGAACGCAAAAAAAGGGUGGAAAUAAGAAAAAGAACGGCGGAGGACCAAGAAAAUCUGGGUCGCCCUCAAAAGGGGGCAAUCGAGGCGAUGGAAAACCGACGGGAAGAGCUCCUAAAUCUCCGGAAAAAAUUUCCGACGAGAAAUCCUGUGAGAAUGUGCCACCAAAAGUCGUUAAGGGUCCCAUGACCCCAGAAAAAACACCGAAACCCGUGGAAUCAGAAUCAGCUGAUAUUUUGGAGAAAAAAGAGGGAAAAGAGAGAAAAAACGAGGAAAAUGGGAAGAAGAAGGAGAUAUCAGAGGAUCAAGUUGAUGGACGGGGGAAAAAGGAGGAAAAAACUGUGGAUGAGGAACAGAAAAACAGGCGGUCGGAACCUGUGAAACCGAAAGAAAAAGAUCCGGAGAAGUACUUUGAGAUCUAUGAUUGGGAGAAGAAUGACGACGAGUACAAUGUGCAACAGGCGAUCUUCGUCAAACGAUAUCAUCGGAAAUUCGCUGCCGUCCUUCGUCUCAUUGAUCCAGAAUUCAGAUACGCAGCUGGAAUUGGUCCAUGUGAGACAUUCGAUACGGAUGGAAUCAAGAAGUUGAUUGAGGGAAUGAAGAAGUUAGGAGUUCCCAAUCCAUGGCCAUUUGAUGAGCAAUUCAAGACCACUUUCGAUGAAAUUCGACUGUUUUUCGCUGAAGUUCUCACGAAAAUCAAGUUCUGUCUUCGUCUAGCAUGCGCGGAACGUGGUUACGAAUACAAAAGUGGAAAACAGAAUGCCCAUUCAGUUUCAGCCAUUUGGGAGGAGAAAAUGCAUCCGAUUGCCGAAUUGAAAACGAUAAAAUCGAUAAUGGACGAGGCGAAAUCAGCGAUAAUGAGAGAUUCGGCGGUGGAGGGAACGACUCGUUUCUGGUCGGAAUACGAUGAUAUUUUUAAUGAAAUUGUGCCGGCAUUGGAGGCAUUUAACUCGAAAAAGUUGUCUUCGUAUAGUAUUUCUGAUUGUAUGGCAACGAUUCAUGGACGGAGAGAUCUCGGAUUUAAGAUUACUGAGGAGGAGGUGGAUAAGAUGCUGGAGCACAGUUUCAAGGAGGAUGGAUUCGGAGAGUUCCCGCCGACAGCGUUGUAUGCUCCCGAAGUUUUCACCACUGUUAAUCAUCUCAAAUUAAUUUUCGGUCAACUCGAAAAGAUGUCAAAAGUGAUUGACAUCCGUGUGAAACUAUCAGGAAUUCAGACGAUUACUCGUAUAUUCGAACUGAUUGAUGACGAAGAAUCAGAGAAAAUAAUGAAAGAAUUCGAGGGACAUCCGAAGAUUCCAAUCGAGAAAAUGUUCAGUUUUAAUCCGAUUAAUUUCGAAGUUAACGGAGGAAAUCAACCGAAAAGAGGGCAAUAUUUGAAAGUAUUCUGUACGACACUGGCAGAGAAUAAUAUUGGAGAUGAUUUCAUUUUCAACGCGAAACGUCUCAUCGCCGCCCUCAAGACGCUCUAUUUGGUGUUCUCAGCUUCUGAAAUUAAUAUGAUAAUUUUCAAAAUUAUUUCGACGAAAUUGAAAAGUGAGAUUUUGGAGAAGGAUCAACAGAUUCUGUUUGAUGUGCUCCUAACACUCCCAGAAUAUCUCAAAAAGCUGCUGGAAAUCGGUCCGGAUUACUAUAAGGGAGAGCUCGCAGACAAAAAUGAGGAUAGUAUGUACUUCCAAAUCAAGAAUAUCAUCAAGAAUGGAGUCAAGGAUGGAAUUUCCAGAAUUUUCAACUUUUUGAAAUACAAUUCGGAACGAGAAACAUCUAUCACAAGUGCUGAAAAAGUGAUGCGAAUGGCGAUGAAAUGUAUCGAUUCGGGAUCGAAUCAAAUGAUGGCUGUUGAGACACUGAAACUGCUCACUCCUCUCUCGUUCACCAAAUUCCGAUUUUCAGACGAAUUUUUUGAGGAUUUGAUUGUGUUGGCACUCAGAAAGUAUUCGUAUCCCGAUCCGAAGACGUCGGUGAAGAAAUAUGAAUUCGUGGACACUGUAUUCGAAAUACUGGAUAAGUACAACGAGAAGGGACUUAUGAAAAUCGACGAGAAGAAAAUAAUGGAGGAUUGGGCGAACUGCAGCCACCCGUGGUUCUGCGUCUUCUAUCUCUCCUAUCGAUUCAAUGUUCUCAAAUUCUCCUCCCAGCGACUUCCCACUGAUUUUCCACUGCCAUCCGCAGGUGUUUGGGCGGAAAAAGGGGGAAUUGAUCUGAAGAAAUUUGUCGUUUUGGUAAAAGUUCCGACGUCGUGGCCGAAUUGUACGGAUUUGAAGGUUAUGGAGGAUCUUAUUGCAGAAUACGUCCCGGCUGAAGUUUCACGAGCAGAAUUGUACGCGGCUAUGAGAGAUUAUGUAUCGGAAAUGGAUCUGGAUGAAGGCUGGAAAAGGAAGCUCGUCACCGUCUUCAAAAACAAGAUUCAAUUUCUGACGUCUCACGCGAAUAAAGCGGAGAAAAAGGCAAAAGAGGAGAAGGAAAAAGAGUCGAAAACUGAAGAAACGACAGUGGAAGUGGCGAAAAGUGAUGUUGAAAACGUGGAGAAAGAGGCGGAAGAAAAGGCGAAGAAGGAGGCGGAGCCUGUGGAAAAGGGGGCGGAGCCAAGUUCUGAUAAAGAGGCGGAGCUUGUGGAGACGAAAUCUGAAACUUUGGCACCAGAAAGCGCGUCAGAAGGCGCGCCAGAAGAGCCGAAAGUUGAAGAGAAGAUUUCUGAGGAGUCGGUGGAUUCAGAAGACGUCACGACGAAAUCAGAAGACGUCAAGGAGGCAGAAAAAGAGAAAAGUGAAGAAUUGAAGUCACUGAACACCCUCCCACCGACCAGUUUCAUUUCAUUCUACACACAAGAACAAUGGGAUAUUCUUGAACAGAAAAUUCAGGUGGAGAUUAUGAGACAACGUGCGGAAAAGGGUUACUCGAAUAAGAUGGUCGGCGUCACUGAAAAUGAUUCGACGAAGAUCAACGAGUCGCCGAAACCGCACUACAAACUACACAAUUCGAUGACUCUAAAUGAUUAUAUUCAGGAAUACAAAAAAACUGGACAACCGCGUACUAGUUAUCCAGAAGGAAUUUGGCAUCAAUUACCACUGGAAAUGAAACGUCAGAUAAGAAGUCAUCGACAAAACAACAAUCAACAAUAUCAGAGCAAACGUCCAUCUGGCGGACGUGAAGAGCCGGCGAAACAAUGGAAACCGCCGUCGCAACAGCAGCAGAAAAACGGAGAGAGAUUCAGAAAGAAUUCUGAAAAAACGACGGAUCGUCUCGUCGAGCCAUACGGACACGAUCCGAAUGAGAAGUUGUCAGAUGACGCGUUCACUGAAAGCUAUUCGGCACAAUACUGGAGAAUUCUUCCUCAAAAAGUCAAAGUCGAGAUUAACAGACAACGAGCUAUCAAAGAAUAUCGCGCCAAACUCGCUGCUCAAUCCGCCGCUGCCACCACUGCCACCACCAACAACUUCCCACAACCAACUGGACAAUCUUCUCAAAAAUAA